AUGUGGUUCCAGAAACAAUUCACUCUGCCUGCUCGCUCGAGAGGCUCUUACCUUAUCACCGACACGGUACUCAAGGAGCUGCCCGAGAUCAAGUCGUACAAGGUGGGGCUGCUAAACCUAUUCGUGCAGCAUACCAGCUGCGCGUUGAGUUUGAAUGAGAAUUGGGAUGAGGAUGUUAGAGCGGACAUGAGCGAUACCUUGGAUCGGAUCGUGCCUGAGGCUGGGCCGAAUGGAGAGGCGCUGUAUCGGCAUGAUGCGGAAGGACCUGACGACCUACCCGCGCACGUCAAAUCUGCGUUGAUUGGGGCAAGUGUGACAAUUCCAAUCAAGGAUGGAAAGCUGGCUACCGGAACGUGGCAGGGAAUCUGGUACCUCGAGUUCCGGGCGAUGAAACACCAACGCAAGAUAGUCGCCACUAUACAGGGCGAAAAGGCAUGA